AUGGUUGAUGUGAAAUUUGAGGCGCCCUCAAGCCCAAAGAAGAGAGCUAGAACGAGCACUCCAGAAGCUGAGGGUGCUGCUGAUACUUCUUUCAAGCGGGUCAAGGGUGUUGCGCCCAUCAAGGCCGAAUUCUUGAUACAUCGAAACGACAACAAGGUCGACGCAAGGGAUCAUGUGAUUGACGACGACGCGGCUGAGGCGGCUGAUGCUGACCACAAAUCUGAAGGCCUGGCUAAGACUGAUGCCCGCGAUGCUCCCAGAGGCAAGGGCAAGAACAAGAACAAGAAAGAAAAGAAGCAGAAAGGCCAAAACACCAGUCGCACUUUUGGAAGCUCGCGCGACAAGAUACCUCUCUGCGGUACUCGCGCACAGUACAAUGAAUUCUCACCCAAGGAUUGUCCAUUUGGCGAAAAAUGCAAGUUUGAACACGACCUCCGCAAGUACCUGAAGGAGGGCCGACGAGAAGACUUGACCACUUUUGAUGGUCAGUGCCCAAUUUAUGCCGUCAAAGGAUUCUGUCAUUUUGGUUGGAAGUGCCGUUUUGUUGGCAGCCACUCUGAAGAGCGUACCACCGAGGACGGUAGAAAAGAACUGGUACUGAAAGAGAAUGCCGAACUCAAGGCGAAGCUAUCUGGCAAUGACGACGAGGCCGAAGCUGAAGUUGUUAAUAUUGUGCCCAAGGAAGUCAAGUUUGGCCUGUCGAGACGGAAGAUCGGCACACCACGAUCUGAUCAAUACCUGCAGUGGAUUGAAAGCAAUAGCCGGAACGAGCGAGACAUGUUUGAUGCUGCUCAGAUGGACCCGGAGAUUCUCAAGGAGGAGAAGGAAGCGCGCAGGGCAGAAUAUGUCGAAGCGCCUUUCAGACCGUCCGAGAAGCGAAGACUAUAUUACGGACCUGAGACACCAAUGCUCGCACCUCUUACUACCCAGGGUAACCUGCCCUACCGACGACUUUGUAUAGACUUUGGUUGCCAAGUGACAUGGAGCGAGAUGGCCAUGGGCAUGCCUCUGAUUCAAGGUGAUAAAGGCGAAUGGGCACUCAUGAAGGCUCACGAAUCCGAGAUUAGCCCACCUAAGUUCUUAGCUGAGAACACUGUUGUGCAGGGUUACGACAAUUCUACCGACCUCAAAUUCGGUGCCCAAAUCGCCGCGAACAAGCCAUGGCUGGCUACAAAGACCGUCGAAGUGCUAACUGACCACUGCCCCAAGCUACGAGCCAUUGACCUUAACUGUGGAUGUCCGAUCAACCUCGUCUGCGAAAAGGGAAGCGGCUCUGCACUAUUAGACAGCGAAGCAAAACUAGAACAUAUCCUCCGUGGCAUGGCCUAUGUCUCCAAAGAAGUCCCCAUUACCGUCAAGAUCCGCAUGGGCACAAAAGACAACCACCCCACCGCACAGAAGCUUAUCAAGCGUCUCGUUCUAGGCGGUCAUGAAGCCGUCGAAUCCGGCAAAGGCACAUCCGGCAUCGCAGCCAUCACACUCCACGGUCGCAGCAAGCAACAGCGCUACACCAAGAGCGCUGACUGGUCCUACAUCGCCGAGUGCUCCGCCCUCAUCAACCGCCUACGCAAAGAAAAAGACGCCCAAACUGACACCAUCGCCGAAGCCGACCCCCGCGACCUCGCAAACGGCGGCCACGUCUACUUCGUCGGCAACGGCGACUUCUACUCCCACAUCGACUACUACAACCACCUCGAGAAUGCAAAAGUCGACACCGUCAUGGCUGGCCGCGGCGCCCUCAUCAAACCCUGGCUCUUCGAGGAAAUCGAACAGGGCCAGUACCUCGACAAGUCCGCCACCGAGCGCCUUUCAUACAUUGAGAAAUUUACAAAAUACGGCCUCCAGACUUGGGGUUCCGAUGAGAUGGGCAUCGGGACUACGCGCCGCUUUUUGCUCGAGUGGCUGAGCUUCGCGCAUCGAUAUGUGCCCGUGGGCUUGCUGGAGCAUUUGCCGCCGCAUAUUAAUGAUCGGCCACCGAGGUUUAAGGGACGCAAUGAGUUGGAGACGUUGAUGGCGAGUGAGCAUUAUAAGGAUUGGAUUAAGAUUAGUGAAAUGUUCCUUGGUCCGGCUCAUGAGCACUUCAAGUUUGAACCCAAGCAUAAGUCGAAUGCGUAUGAGUUUGAAGCAGAGGGGUAG